GAGUUUCGUCCAACUAUCAUUUAUUACAGUCUCUCUGCUCUCUCACUCACUCAGUGCGAUUCUGACGAAAAGGAAAUGGCGUCUCUUUCUCUGUCCUCAUCUGCGCUCGGAACUUUCUCUCUCUACAACAACAGCACCAAGAGCUCUCUCUUUGCGGGAGCUCCGCGUCACCAGCCCUUGCUCCUCUUCCAUGUCGCUCAACGCUCGAAUCCCCUCAGAUUUUGUGUCGAUCGUAAGGGGCUGGUGACGACGAAGGAGAAGAAGAGUAGGGGAUUCGGUGCGGUUUGCUACGCUUCGCCUAUCACUGCUCGUAACCUCCAGUGGAUCGCCACCGUUUCUUCCGCGGUGCUAAUGCUUGCCAAAGGCACUGCUGCUCAGAAAUCCUUUCUUGUUCCCCUAUUUGCUCUACAAGCUCCAGCAAGUGUCAUCUCGUUCAUUAAGGGCGAAUAUGGUGCUUGGACUGCAUUCUUGGCACUUCUCGUCCGUCUCUUCUUCUUCAUUCCUGGUGAACUUGAGUUGCCAUUUGUGGCAUUACUGUUGGUGCUUGUAGCUCCUCAUCAAGUCAUGAACCUACGGGGAACUCAGGCAGGUGCUAUUGUUUCCUUGUUGAUUGCUGGAUAUUUGGCUUUCCAGCAUUUCUCACGAACAGGCAGCUUGCAGAAAGCAUUUGACCAAGGUUCAAUUGUUGCCACCUUAGCCAUCAUUUUAAUCACUGCUGCAUCAGGCUUACUUCUGAUUUGAAUUUCGCUUGAAAUCAUAAAUGGAUGUGGCCUUUUAAUCAUCUGUAAAUUUUUUACCUUUUUUCUUUUCUUUUUUUUUUUUUUUUUUUUUUUGAGGUGGAUGUGUGUUUAGAAUAACAGAAGGACCUUUCUUUCUCUUAUUAUAUAUAUUUAUCUGUAAUAAGCACAAUAAAUAUGCUGAAUGUGUACUAGCAUUCUUCGAGUGAUGAAAGUAUUGUUUUAUA